UUUUUUUUCGAAAGGAAUCUGAAGUUGCCGGCAAUGAGUUGCUAAUGAGAUUUUCUAUCCUUCGCCGCCAUAACCAACUUCCAAAACUUCCUUCCAUGGCUUCUCUCACAUCUCAAAGCCUAACUCUGCCGCCAUCUUCCACGGUAGAAGAAAACAACCUUGACGACCUCCUUUGUUCUUCCGGACCGUUAUCAGAGGAGAGAGAAUCAAACCUUGAUGAAAACGGUUGUUUAUUGGGCCAUCCAAGUGGAUACUUAAGCGGGGAGGCACGGAUAGAGAGGGCUUGGUCUCACUGGAAGAAGUUGGGACAGCCUAAAUUGAUAGUUGCUCCUAUGGUGGAUUGCUCUGAACUUCCGUUUAGGAUGCUUUGUCGUAAAUAUGGAGCACAGGCUGCUUAUACGCCUAUGUUGCAUUCUAGAAUCUUUACUGAGACGGAGAAGUAUCGGACUAUGGAAUUCACUACUUGCCAGGAGGACCGGCCAUUGUUUGUCCAGUUUUGCGCAAAUGAUCCAGAUGUCUUACUUGAUGCUGCUCGGAGGGUUGAGCCAUUUUGUGACUAUGUUGAUAUUAAUUUGGGCUGUCCUCAGCGUAUUGCUCGACGAGGUAAUUAUGGAGCGUUUUUGAUGGAUAAUCUCCCUCUCGUAAAGUCUUUAGUUGAAAAAUUGGCUCAAAACCUUGAGGUUCCCAUUUCAUGCAAAAUUAGAAUCUUCCCCAAUCUAGAAGAUACAAUAAACUAUGCUAGAAUGCUGGAGGAAGCUGGUUGUUCUCUUCUAGCUGUUCAUGGUCGAACUAGAGAUCAGAAAGACCAGAAGAAAAUUAGGGCUGACUGGAGUAUAAUUAGGAAGGUCAAAGAUGCAGUAAGGAUUCCAGUUCUUGCCAAUGGGAACAUUAGACACAUGGAUGAUGUUAACAGCUGCUUGACGGCAACAGGUGCAGAAGGCGUGCUCUCUGCUGACGCUCUGCUCGAAAACCCAGCUCUAUUUGCAGGUUUUCGAACCCCUGAAUGGGUGGAAAAUGGUCUAGACAGUUGUAAAGACGGGAACAUAAACCAGGCAGAUCUUCUGGUUGAAUAUCUGAAACUUUGUGAAAAGUACCCUGUGCCAUGGAGAAUGAUCCGUGCCCAUGUCCAUAAGAUGUUGGGAGAGUGGUUUCGGAUGCAACCACAGGUUAGAGAAGAGCUCAACGCACAAUCCCGUCUUACAUUUGAGUUCCUUUAUGGCUUGGUGGAUCAACUUAGGCAACUAGGCGUAAAAAUUCCACUUUAUUUGAAGGACGGUAAUAGUGAUGAGAAAACUGACCCUACUAGUGAUGUACCUCUGUGAUACGUGACCAUCCAAGUUUGUUGCACAACGUCAUAUGUUGUUCGAGGUGCAUAUUUUUUCAAGAACACGAUUCAUUUUUCGUCAUACAAUAUUUAACGUGUAAUAUUAGACAACUAAGUUUAUCAUUGGGAAUACAUAUUCAUUCGGUUUAAACGUUAUAUCUGUAUCCUACUAAAUCAAAGUAUUCAAUAGAUAUGUUUAUUGUUA